CCAUCUUUCCCGCUUUAGUCGCCUGGAAGACUAUUCAUCCCUGCAAGGGGUUGCGCAGAUAUAUCAAGCGGAGAGGGGAGGGGAAGCGGUAUUGUUUCACGGGCGUCCAUUGUUUGUAUCUCUGUGGACAACCUGACUACUGUUAAUUCCAUACCUUUGUCGCCCGAUACAUAAAUGUUAGUCACACAUAUUGUGCACGUCGCAGGUAUUUAAAUCGACUUCGCAUCGGGCAUCAUCCCGAUUUCCAAUGGAGAGGCUCAUCCUCAUUAACGGAGAAUUGAUAUCGAAGAUGGAAAACAGGUAUCAAUGCCGCUUCGUCGAUGCCCCACGAUUUGGAUCGCCAUUCAUUCGAAUCGCAAUUCAUUCGGCCUUGAAUGCAUUACAAUUGUUCGCGUUGUCUUCGAGAUGCGGUAAAGCUGGAACGGGACGAGGGCGAAAUUGAUGUCUCUGGUUUGGUCGAGGAGUUACGACAAUGCGCAUACACGAGAUAUAGCGAAAUGAUAGAUACGGCGAAACAUACACGAGGAGUAGCCCACAGCAUCGGCUCAAUAUCAAGGUACUUCAAGGAUCUGUAAAGGGGUAACGACGGAGAUCUGCAUACGAUCUAAAUCUAAAAAUCUAAAUACGUGCCCCGAACGAUACAAAUUUUCUUCAUGCAACGCUCCAACUUUAUAAUCUAUUAUAUCGACCGGAGUAUAAAAUUCUGCGACGUGAAGUUAAGUGUUCAUUUCUUAAAAGCUGUGCGAUCAAUAUUCAUUAGGAUGCUUUCGAAUGUAUUAGCGUUGCUCUCUGAAAUUUUUCGCAGUGUAGUACGCAAAGUGUAUGUAAAUGCCACGUCGGGCGAUAGACCGCGAUACUUGGGACAAACCGUCAGCAAUUAUGCAGUGCACACAGCGUAUCAUCCUUUUUGCGAAAGAAACGUGCUAUUUUUUUCCGUAGAAUAAUACACGCCGCUUCUAUACAAACGUUAUUGUCGUUCAUAAAUGCAUAAAUGUCAACGCGGAAGAGAAUAUAAGAUAAGCACAGAUUUGAGAUUACGUACUUCGCUCUCCGGCAAAGCUAAUUGCAAGUUGCAUACGCGCCGUGUUUGAUAACUACUUUUCAGAACUCGUAAAAAAAUUCCAACAACUCCCGAUCAUAUUUUCACCAUGAAAAUGUCGAUGAGCAAUACGCGCGAAGUAAAAAGAAAAAAACUUGAUAUGCAAAGUGCUAUUCUUCGUCACAGCGGGAAAGUUAAAAUAUCUGCAAUGGCUGUCUGAUCACCUACGCAUCGAGCGAUGAUUUCAGCAAGGACAAAUGCAACGCGUUCGACAUGAAGUCAUACGCCGCAGUCACCGGCAAGUUCGUGACUUGACAUGAAAAUUACAAUCUUGACCUUAUUUAAAUGUAGCUGAAAAAUUUCUGACAAAUCGAUCCUGAAGAAUGCAAUACGAGUCAGACUGAAUGAAUUUUCGUCAGGGGAAAGCUCGUCGAGUAUGAUAGAAAUCUCACGCGAUAGAGAUCUCUUACGCGAAAUAUUCCAAAAAUAAUUUCAUCGAAAUUGCCUAGCUUGUGUGAAAUAAGAAGAAAGGCGUGCUUAAUUGAGAUCGAUCGCGCGAGAUGUACAAUAAAAUUCAUAGCGUAUAAUGUAAAACAUGCCUCUAAUCGGCAUUGCCGUGUACGCCGCCGGUUCUCUCUCGUGCGCGUCGUAAUAUCUGCAUAUCGUUAUCUGUUCCUCGACCGCGUAACGGAUAUUCGCACGAAAGUGUACCGAAGCGCGAUAGUCGAUAUCAACUUCGCCGACAGUUACGUACGACUAGCACGAGUAAAUAGACGGGACAGUUUUGGCGCACGAACUUGACGAGCGAGAUGCAGCGAUACCUCGUGCGAUAUACAGCAAGUAUCGACAACUACCGGGGUGUUUACGUUCUUCAGCUUAUGUACACGGAACCAAACCUGCGGUUCUUAACGGGCGUACAAGCUGCUUUCUAAAGGCAUCGCGUGUUUCGUAAACGAAUCAACCCCGAAGGACGACCCCGGAAUUAUUUAAAAUUUGAUAGAUGCAGAUGCAUGUAAUCGAAACGGAUAUUUUUUUUUAGAAGAAUUUCGGGAUGAUAUGAAUACCAAGAAGUUACGAUAGCUUGCGCGAACUUUCGAUAUCGAUGGCGCAGCUUAAAGAAACAAUUCGAAGAACAGAACGCCCAAGCUGUAAGAUAAAACCCGAGGGAGAAGCUUUUGUUCGAUGACAGUUCAGAGGUACACACGAAGAUGCGGAUGUAAUACAUAAAAUAUAACAAAUAUAAUUGAAUUUAGAGAAAUUGCGGCUGACUCUCUCAAUGCGGUGAACGCUGCCUCGCUGCUGCCGCGGUGGAACCCUCUACAUUUUGACAAAUUGGUAAGAAAAUCGAUUAUUUGAGGACAGCAAGUACACUUCGGAUCUGCAACACGAUGUCAAACACUGGAGCAAAAAUGUUUGCGAGGAUAACAUUUUAUCCAUCCUUGUUUUACAAUGUCGUUAUGGAAAAGAUCACGACUCGAAAUUGGUAUGACAGAAUAGACGAAACUGUUAUAUUGGGUGCCUUGCCAUUUCGGCGGAUGACAAAACAGUUAAUUGAGGAUGAGAAUGUUAAAGCUGUUGUAUCCAUGAAUGAAGACUAUGAACUGUAUUUAUUAUCUAAUACAGAGAAGGAGUGGCGGAUGCAUAACAUAGACUUUCUGCAAUUGUCUACAACGGAUAUUUUUCAAGCACCUUCACAAGAAAAAUUGCAGAAUGGUGUGAACUUUAUUAAUAAAUUCCGCAAUGUAUCAACUAAAAAACUAGGUGAAUCGGGUUUUGUUGGUGAUAAGAAUAAUCCUGGCACGGUUUAUGUUCAUUGUAAAGCCGGAAGAACAAGAAGUGCAACAUUGGUCGCAUGUUACUUAAUAAUAAAAAAUAAUUGGACGCCUGAAGAAGCAGUAAAUCAUAUGCAAAUGAAGAGGCCACAUAUAUUGCUCCAUAUAGCACAAUGGUCAGCACUAAAGCAAUUUUAUACGAAACAUAUACAAUCCAAGUCAUAAUUGAAGCCUAAUUUAAAUUUAAAUGUAAUUAAAAUUUAUAUAUUGUUAAUCAAAUUAUUUAUAUACGUGGAAAUGUAUAAA